CAUUGAAGCUAUUUCUCCAGCCACGUUUGCAAGACAAUUGUUUCUCGUUCUGCGAGUGUAAAUUCAGAUAUUACGAAUCAAAUCAUGGCGAUUGUUCAAGAUUGGUUGCCUCCUUCGAAGGAUAAUUGGGAGUUGGUGGUUUGGGGAUUCCAAUUCUUUCCCAUGCUUGCGGCUCUGCAAUGGGGAAUUUCUUGGUAUGGCGCAGGAAAGACGUCGGGGAAGAGUGUUUUCAAUAUUCCUGGCAAGAUUGCGUGGUUGACCAUGGAGAUUCCGGGCUUCCUUACGAUGCUCUACGUUAUGAAUACGCUGCCGGGUCAAGCUGGUCUUUCGGCUCUGCCGUGGGAGAAUAAGGCUAUGGGUGGGAUGUUUGUCAUACAUUAUCUCUACCGCGCCAUUCUCUGUCCCAUCCUCAAUCCAUCAAUGUCCCCAAUCCACAUACUCGUCUGGCUUUUUGCCAUCGCAUUCCAAGUCACGAACGGCCUUUCAAUCGGUGGCUGGUUAGGUGGCUAUGGUCCCACGACUCGAAAGGAUUGGACAAACCACCAAAUGAACUUCAAAGCAGGCGGCAGAAUGGAAUUAGGAUUAAUGAUCUGGGCUCUGGGCUUCGCGGCCAACAUUUUCCACGACGACGAGCUCCGAGAAAUCCGUCGAUCAGCAGCGAGAAAGCAGAAACAGAGAGCUCAAGAGGCUGAACAAAGUACUGGAAAGGGUAAAGGAAAGGAUAAGGGCGUGGAUAAGGUAUACAUGAUUCCUCAGAAUGGGUUAUUCUGGUGGAUUCUCUACCCGCAUUAUCUUUGCGAGUGGAUUGAGUGGGGUGGAUUCUGGCUCAUGGCUGGAAGUGGCUGUGUGCCUGCACGGAACUUUCUGUUGAAUGAGAUUGCUACGAUGUUGCCGAGGGCUGUCUCGGGGAAGAAGUGGUACAUUGAGAGAUUUGGCAAGGAAAAGGUUGCGGGAAGGAAGGCGAUCAUUCCGGGUAUCUUGUGAGUGAGACUUAAUAUGGUUGCUAAGACCUGGCUUCAUGGGUUACGAUGAUCAUGCAUUGGUUUGGAGCGGUUACAGUUGCUUGUCUCACAUCAAGGUUUGCGUGUGGAAAGGUUGAUAUCUUGCUUUCGUAUUGCUUGUCAAGAGCGAGGCAUAUAGCAAAAUCAUAACACAUAACACAUAAUUCAACUCC